AAUUGAAUAAACAAGCAAGCUAUAAACAACUCAUAAAGAGAUUGUAACAAACAGUCAAACAAACGCGAAAGUGUAUUUAACACAAAAUCAUAAAGUUAUAGAAGAAUUUUCAAAAGUAUUAAACAGUUUAAACAAGUACAUACAAGAAUAAGCAAAAAAUAAGUCAAAAUGGUAGCAAUUGGUAUUGAUUUGGGAACAACAUACUCCUGUGUGGGAGUUUUCCAGCAUGGCAAAGUGGAGAUAAUCGCCAAUGACCAGGGCAACCGCACAACACCCAGCUAUGUGGCGUUCACCGACUCUGAGCGCCUCAUCGGCGAUGCAGCAAAGAACCAGGUUGCCAUGAAUCCAAAGAACACAGUAUUCGAUGCCAAGCGAUUGAUUGGACGCAAGUAUGACGACCCCAAGAUCAUGGAAGACAUCAAACACUGGCCAUUCAAAGUGGUGAGUGAUGGAGGCAAGCCGAAAAUUUGCGUCGAAUAUAAAGGGGAGAACAAACGCUUUGCGCCAGAAGAAAUCAGUUCCAUGGUGCUCACCAAAAUGAAGGAGACAGCCGAGGCAUACCUGGGCACAACUGUCACAGACGCAGUCAUCACAGUUCCCGCAUACUUCAAUGAUUCACAGAGGCAAGCGACGAAGGAUGCCGGUCGAAUUGCUGGUUUGAAUGUGCUGAGAAUCAUCAACGAACCCACUGCA